UGGGAAAGGAGCUCGAGACAGCGAGCAGCAGCGAAUUACGGACGAUCUCGAUCAACGGCCGCGCUGACUCAGAGCACUCGCUCACCUUCCCUUCACAGUGAAAAGUUCAGCCGCUGCGAGUCGGCUCAAACUCUGUAGCAGGAGCUGUUUGGAUUAUUCUGAGGGAGGAGUUUCAUAGAAUAAUAUAAUCCGCUAGGAAUUAGAGGGAAACUAUAGCGCGGAGGAAAAGUUGAAAAGUUUUGCCUUCACCAUUAGUCAAUGUAGUGAGUUUAUUAAAGAGUCGGCGUACAUAGACGGGUGAUCCCGAGCUGUCAAACCCGAUGACUACUGCAAACUGCCCCGGGAAUGAAGAGCUGGACUUCAGACUGAUCUUCGGGGAGGACGGACAGCAGCCGCAGCUAGGCCCCGCAGAUCUAGAACAGGAUGAGAGCACGUCAUUUUACAUCUUCAAUGUUGGCCAACCUCCUUCAGUGGUGAACCAAUCACAUGGUCUCCAGCGGCAUGGAGGCCCACACCCAGCCCAACUCAUUGCCACCUCUUCCUCUUUGCAAGCACACCACAAAGCCUAUGAGCCCAGCUAUAAACCUCAGGACUCUAAAUACACUCCCACAGGGGUAGGUGGGGUAGGGAGCGGCCCACCCAAGGCUUUUGAGUGUCCGAGCAUUCAGAUCACCUCCAUCUCCCCGAGCUGCCAGCAGGAGAUGGAGGCCAGUGAGAAUGAGAUGAGAGGGAAGGGUCCAGAAGGAGAGUACCAUGACAGACCUCUGUCUCGAGAUCACCUGUACCUGCCUCUGGAUCACUCGUACCGGGAUUCAUCCCUGAGUCCGAGUCCAUGCAGCAGCCUUUCCUCGCGUAGCUGGUUCUCUGACGCAUCAUCUUGUGAGUCCAUGUCACAUGUGUACGAUGACGUUGAUUCAGAGUUGAAUGAAGCAGCGGCACGUUUCACCCUAGGGUCGCCACUCACCUCGACCGGCUGCUCUCCGCAGGCUGGACCGCAAGAGGAAUUAUGGCAACAACAGCAUCAUCACCCGGCCUUCACUCACUCUCAUUCACAUGCACAUUCACUCUCACCCUGCCAAUCGCCCUGCCACUCACCCCGUACGAGCAUCACCGAUGAGAACUGGCUGAGCCCUCGCUCGCCUUCACGCCCCUCUUCACGCCCGACAUCACCCUGCGGGAAAAGACGCCACUCCAGUGCUGAUAUAUGCUACCUGGGCACUUUAUCACCCCAUCACUCCCCAACCACCACGCCCGGUCCCUCGCCCAGGGGCAGUGUGACAGAAGAAACCUGGAUAGGAAGCCCCUCAAUGGGUGUAUCACCUUUCCAAUGUUGUCCUUCCGAGGCGGACAUCCCCUCCAAGACAAGGAAGACCUCCCAGGACUGUACAGCAGCAAUCCAGCCAGGGAAUGGUGACCUGGGCAUGGAUGAUUCUGGGAAUGUAUCUCCUUUGCUUGACUCCCCUGCUGAGGACAGCAUGCACAGUUUAAAGAAGGAUGGAUCUGGAGAUCAGUUUCUCUCCGUCCCAUCUCACUUCACAUGGAACAAACCCAAACCAGGACAUACACCAAUUUUCAGGGCAUCAUCCCUGCCUCCUCUGGACUGGCCGUUGCCAAGUCAGUAUGGGCAGCUUGAGCUAAAGAUCGAGGUUCACCCCAAAGCUCAUCACAGAGCUCAUUAUGAGACAGAGGGUAGCCGAGGGGCUGUCAAGGCAGCAUCUGGUGGACACCCUAUUGUCAAGCUCAUUGGCUACAAUGAGAAGCCAGUAAACCUGCAGAUGUUCAUUGGAACAGCGGAUGAUCGUUAUUUGAGGCCACACGCUUUUUACCAGGUUCACCGCAUUACAGGGAAAACUGUCGCUACGGCAAGCCAGGAAAUUAUCAUCACCAGCACGAAGGUUCUAGAGAUCCCUCUCCUUCCUGAAAACAAUAUGACUGCCAGUAUUGAUUGUGCUGGAAUCCUGAAGUUGAGGAACUCAGACAUUGAGCUGAGGAAAGGAGAGACUGAUAUUGGCCGGAAAAACACUCGGGUUCGUGUGGUGUUCCGGGUUCACAUCCCACAACCCAAUGGAAAAGUGGUCUCACUGCAGGCUGCUUCUAUUCCAGUGGAGUGCUCCCAGCGCUCGGCACAGGAGUUACCUCAGGUUGAGAAGGCCAGUAUUAGCAGCUGCCCUGUGAGUGGAGGAGAGGAAGUGGUCAUCACUGGCUCCAACUUCUUCCCUGAGUCAAAGGUCAUCUUUCUGGAAAAAGGUCCUGAUGGACGACCGCAGUGGGAGGUUGAGGCGAGGAUCCAAAGAGAGAAGAGUCAAGGAUCGAGCAUUGUGGUGGAGGUGCCUCCAUAUCACAGUAAGACGGUCACUUCAGCAGUACAGGUGCAGUUCUAUGUGUGCAAUGGCAAACGGAAAAGGAGCCAGUCUCAGCGCUUUACUUAUCUGCCAGUCCUGGUUAAGCAAGAACAUAGAGAUGAGCUUGACUCCCCUGCCAUGCCACCCAUGUCCAUGCCUCUGGUCCAUGCUGCCAGUUUGGUCUGUGCUCAGCCGCUGUCCUCCCCAGAGCACUCCCACCCACCAGACGGCCUUCUGUCCAGCUCCCCACGUGGUCUGGCUGCAGGCCUGCACCCACUACAGGCCCCCUGCGCUCCAAUGGGCUCCCCUACUCUUCCCCACCUGCCCCACCUUCAGGCUCUAGGGCUGAAUGCAUCUCCUGAAUGCCAGAUGCCCUUCCACCCAGGCCCUGCUGCCACUGCCAGGCCGUCUUACACACUUCUACAGCACAACAUGCCCUUCAACGGCCAGCAUAGUCUUCCUAUGACUGCAGACUCCCCACAGGCAUAUGAGCAGAUACCCUUCCAGGCUGACCCAGCCGGGUGUCACACCCUGGGUCUGGGGAUGGUGUACGGCCCUGCAUCUUCAACACCCACCUCUGGAGGUGCAGGGGGGCCUGCCUCUAGCCCCAGCCAUGUGGCCUGUACAAGUAGCAGCCAGGUCAUGGCUCACUCUACCCCUCACCUUCACUCUCUAGGCUACCACUGCCCCACUCCAGGACAGGUUCCCUCACCCACUCACACGCUGGGACAGCCAGCAGCACAACUCCAGCACCCACUGGUUUACCAUCCUGCUGGGCAGCGGUCCACCUCCUGCCCCACACCCUCCAGGUCUCCUGCCCGAAUGGUGCAAUCUCCCCACUCUGGGCCCUCCUCCCCCCAGCUCCAUUCCCUCCCCUACCAUUCGCCCACCUCCCCUUCUCCAACAUCCAACAGCCCUCUAGGGCCCCUUGCACUCUCUGGACAACCUUCUCCCCAGGCUAGCAGCCCUGUCUUUUCUGCAUUGUCCCCAGCAGGGUCCAUGGUGCACCCCCUGACCCAACAGGGAGAGAGGCUCAACAUCAAAGAAGAGCCAGAGGAUAGAGAGCCCACCUUCCGUACCAUCGGCCUGCAGGACAUUACACUUGAUGAUGUAAAUGAGAUCAUCGGCAGAGACAUGUCUCAGGCCCCUGGGGCUCAUGGGGGCUCCCCGGCUGCACACAGUCAGUCCUAGCCCACGUCAGACGAUACUCACAGGACUCCAGAUCCAGGCAACGAGCUUCCACCCAAACCCACGGUCUGUCCUGAUCAGGCUUAGUCCUGGGAAGACGUUUUCUAGCUUGGAUCCAGAAGGCAUUAGAAUCUGCAAAAACAGUUAUUGCCUCCUCUCAAUUCACCACACUCAACACACGGUAACAACAAAAAGAGUUGGGGCACAUACGCACUUACUAGGAAAAUUAGAUGUGUAUUUAUCAUACAUACGCAAAUGUGGGAGUGGGAGUACACUUGGUUUGGUGUUGUCUGGCGCACAUAGUUCUCUUGGAAAUAAAAACAAUAAUUCAGGGCUCUCUGACAGCAUGAUAUUUGUAGCUUGUAGAUGAACCCUUUGUAUUGAGUACCGUCAUCCCUGAGCAGAAUACGCAGUACAAACAGCAAUUCUACAGUCACUUUAGUUGGAUCGCAGAGGGGUGUUAGAAGCAUAUUAUAUGCCCACACUUCAUGCCUUUUACCAGCCUAAACGCCGCAUCUUUUCAGCACACAUUCUCGCAGUGCUGCCCCCUAGAGGACAGGUCCUUGGGCACUGCACAGACUCUGUAGUAAUAACAUGCAACAUUCCACAUGUCUAGUGACCUUUCUGAGCUGUAGAUAAUCUGUUUAAUGAUUGGCCCAUUUCCUCUUCAGGUUCAACAAAUGCCUUAUGUAGUAGCAGUUAUGGUGAUCAAAAAAAAAGAUUUAUUAGUUUUCUCCUAUCCGUUUUAGACAAGGACACACUUGAAUGCAGUUUUUGUAUUUUAUAACCUACAUCUUGUGUUCUGGAGUGCUGUGAAUUGUGUUGGUUGAAUCUUAUUUUCACAGUUCUGUGAUUUCAAGUCAAAUGGAUUGUUCUCAGACUAUAAAGACAAAAUGUAUGUUGCAUGGGAAGGUGAACUCAAAAAUGACUGAAAACCAAAAGGUAUGGAGAUAUUGAACUCAAACAUAAUAAUAUGUUGACUAUGCUGAGACCUCUCUAUGUGCCUUUGAUUAGAGAAACAAUUAUGCAUAAACGUGUUGCAUUGGACAACAUUGCAAGUUUGAUGUCAGGGAACCAAUCGCAUUUAAUUGGUUGAAUUUUAUUUUUUUAUUUUUUAUUUUAUUUUUUGGCUACAACAGGUUGCAUCUGACAAUCAAGUAGUGUGAUCCUCACUGCAUCCUGGGACAUUUCAGAUCCAAACCAAAUUUUCAUCAAUCCUUUUCAGACAGUUAUAGUGAUUGUUUUGUUCAAAAUUUGGGUUAUAAUUGCUCUCGUGUUGACAGAUGUCAAGAAUUCGCAAUUCAGUUUGAUUUGAGUCAGGCACAGAGGAAUGGACACUGCAGACGCAGAUGCCGUUUGUCUUUAACAGGUCUAUGGUUUGGCUCAGGCAAAUCUAUGAAUUUUAUUGGCUCAUUGCCUUAAAAUUUUGAUUUGCAAAUUGCAAUUGUGCGAAUAUUUUUUUCUAGAAAACUCGCGCAGUCAAUUAAAACAUUUUUGUUCUAUCUUUUUGAGUCUUUGAGACUUAUAGCUGUAACAGUGACUGUUAAUUAUGUUUGAAAAAGAAAAAAAAAAAAUCUGCUAUGCACUAUAAACCUGCCUUUUGCCUUUAAGAAAAAAAAGAAGAAGAAAAAAAAAAGAAAAAGAAAACCUUGAUGCCUCUAGACUAGAUGCUGUAGGAAUGCUUAUUCAUAGAGUAGUAUGCCAGUCAACUGUGUGUCAAGAUCUGUAUCUGCUCAUGCACAGAGCAAGCGUCUUAACGGUUUUGUGUGUAUGUGCUUAUGUCCAUUUGUAUCCAAUGAAUUGUAGAUAUUUGUUUUUGUAACUAUAAAAAAAAAAACUCUGAAUUUAAAUGGUGAAAAGCACACAGAUACAUUAGGCUAUGCAAGGACAAACAAAUGAUGGUGUGACAUUUUGAAAUAUACAAAUAGCAAGCUUGUUUGUUACUCUUGCAUCUAUGCAGUAUAUAUAUAUAUAUAUAUAUAUAUAUAUAUAUAUAUAUAUAUAUAUACUGCAUAUAUAUUGUGUUGUAUGUAAACUCUUGCAUAUAGUCACAGGUGUUUUCAAUGUCACUUUUGACUAUUUAAUUUAAACUAUCAAAUAUACAGUAGGAAAGCCUUAACUUGUGUUUAAGUUCAAUUUUAGAGAAUUUGUGUCAUGAGGUUUGGGUUUGAUUUAGGAAUAGCAUUUUUGAGAAUAAAAAAACAACAACAAAAAAACAGGAGGGAUUCUAGGAUGAAGCAUGGCCCCUAGAUAAGCACCUAUUCUAUAAACCAAAGAUCGAACAAUGUGUUCCCAUUUUAAAAACAGAUGACAACACAAACACCAGAACUCUAUUUUUGAUACUUUGAAAUGGAUGUCAUUCCUAAAGUUUGGGUAGGUUGGAUGGUUUGUAACAUAAAAUUACAGGUUCAGUUGAUGUUUACGGAGCCUUGUAUUGUUGUUUCAUGUAAAUUUUGUAUUUAACAUUUUGUAAUUUUUAAGACUGCAGUGCUUUUUGAAAUGAUUCAAAGGGAACACCAUGAGGUAUAGGCUCUUCUGAGGUAGUGUAUCAAUAAAAAGAAUAAAUGCCCAA